ACUGCACUUGUCAUACGAGAUGGUUUAAAAACUGAAGUACCAGCAGAAAGUAUAGUUGUUGGUGAUAUAGUUGAAGUGAAAUUUGGUGAUCGUAUUCCAGCUGACAUAAGAAUUAUUACUGCAAGUUCAUUUAAAGUAGAUAAUUCAGCACUGACUGGUGAAUCAGAGCCUCAAUCACGUACAACAGAGUUUUCUAAUGAAAAUCCAUUAGAAACAAGAAAUUUAGCCUUUUUCUCAACUAACGCUGUUGAUGGUACAUGCCGUGGUAUUGUUAUCAGUACAGGUGAUCGUACUGUUAUGGGUCGUAUUGCAAAUUUAGCAUCUGGUUUAGAACUUGGCGAAACUCCAAUACAUAAAGAAAUAAAUCAUUUUAUUCAUUUAAUUACAGCUGUUGCAAUGGUUCUUGGUGUAACAUUCUUUAUUAUUGCUUUUAUAUUGGGUUAUCGUUGGCUUGAAGCUGUUAUCUUCUUAAUUGGUAUUAUUGUAGCUAAUGUUCCAGAAGGUCUAUUAGCCACGGUUACAGUAUGUUUAACAUUAACCGCUAAACGUAUGGCUAGUAAAAAUUGUUUAGUGAAAAAUUUAGAAGCUGUUGAAACACUUGGAUCAACAAGUACCAUUUGUUCAGAUAAAACUGGUACAUUAACACAAAAUCGUAUGACUGUAGCACAUAUGUGGUUUGACAAUAAAAUAUUUGAUGCGGAUACUACAGAGAAUCAAACAGGUGCACGUUUUAAUAAAAGUUCACCAACAUGGACAGCUUUAGCACGUAUUGCAAUGUUAUGUAAUCGUGCUGAAUUUAAAACUGGUGAAGAAAAUAAACCAGUUUUAAAACGUGAAUGUAAUGGUGAUGCUUCAGAGACAGCUAUAUUAAAAUGUACUGAAUUAUGUGUUGGUAAAGUUAUUGAAUAUAGAGCUAAAAAUCGUAAAAUAUUGGAAAUUCCAUUUAAUUCUACAAAUAAAUAUCAAUUGUCAAUUCAUGAAACUGACGACAAGGAUGAACGUUACUUGCUGGUUAUGAAAGGUGCACCUGAACGUAUUAUUGACCGUUGUAGUACUAUUCUACUUAAUGGUAAAGAAAAACCUCUAAAUGAUGAAAUGCGUGAACGAUUCAAUAAAUCCUACAUGAAAUUAGGUGGAAUGGGUGAACGAGUACUUGGAUUCUGUGAUUAUCGUUUACCAGCUAAAACUUAUCCAAAGAAUUUCAAAUUCAAUGAAGAAGAACCAAAUUUUCCAGUUAGUGGAUUACGUUUUGUUGGUCUAAUGUCUAUGAUCGAUCCACCUCGUGCAGCUGUACCAGACGCAGUUGCAAAAUGUCGAUCCGCCGGGAUUAAAGUGAUCAUGGUCACUGGUGAUCAUCCAAUCACAGCGAAAGCUAUUGCUAAAGGUGUGGGGAUAAUUUCGAAAGGUUCAAAAACUGUCGAGGAUAUUGCAGCUGAAAAAGGCAUACCUGUUGAACAAGUGAAUCCACGUGAAGCUGUUGCUUGUGUUGUACAUGGUUCUGAUUUACGUGAAAUGACUCCAGCACAAAUUGAUGAUAUAUUAGUUAAUCAUCCAGAAAUUGUAUUUGCACGUACUAGUCCACAACAAAAAUUAAUUAUAGUAGAAGGUUGUCAACGACAAGGUGCAAUUGUUGCUGUAACCGGUGAUGGAGUAAAUGAUAGUCCAGCCUUAAAACAAGCUGAUAUUGGUGUUGCAAUGGGUAUAGCCGGUAGUGAUGUAAGUAAACAAGCAGCGGAUAUGAUUUUAUUAGAUGAUAAUUUUGCUUCAAUUGUUACAGGAGUUGAAGAAGGUCGUCUUAUAUUUGAUAAUUUGAAAAAAUCCAUUGCAUAUACAUUAACAUCGAAUAUACCAGAGAUUACACCAUUUCUAGUGUAUAUUGGAUUUGGUUUACCAUUACCAUUAGGUACAAUUACAAUUCUAUGUAUUGAUUUAGGUACUGAUAUGAUUCCAGCAAUUUCAUUGGCUUAUGAAGAAGCUGAAUCAGAUAUUAUGAAACGUAUGCCACGUGAUCCAUUACAUGAUCGUUUAGUAAAUGAACGUUUAAUUGCUAUGGCUUAUGGUCAAAUUGGAAUGAUACAAGCACUUGGUGGUUUCUUUGUUUAUUUUGUUAUUAUGGCUGAAAAUGGUUUUUGGCCAAGUAGAUUAGUUGGUAUACGUAAAGAAUGGGAUUCACGAGCUGUAGACGCAUUAAGUGAUUCAUAUGGUCAAGAAUGGACUUAUAAACAACGUAAACGUUUAGAGUCCACAUGUCAAACUGCAUUUUUUGCAUCAAUUGUCAUAGUACAAUGGGCUGAUUUAAUUAUUUGUAAAACACGUCGUAAUUCAGUAAUACAACAAGGAAUGUGGAAUAAAUAUUUAAAUUUUGCAUUAUUCUUUGAAACUGCAUUAGCAAUCUUCUUAUCCUAUUGUCCUGGUUUAGAUAAAGGUCUACGUAUGAUGCCUUUAAGAUAUACAUGGUGGCUUCCAGCAUUACCAUUUUCCAUAUUGAUUUUUGCUUAUGAUGAAACAAGAAAAUAUUUAAUUCGACGAUUUCCUGGUUCAUGGAUAGAAAAAGAAACUUAUUACUAGAGAUACUACUAAUAAUAAUAAUAAUUGGAUUCCCUAUUCCUUAUAUUAUUCAUAUACUUGUUAACAAUAUACUGGAAAACACUUAGAUUAUCUGCUUUAGAAACAAAGCCCUGAACAUAAUCAGUACAUAUAAUAUGAUGUUUUAAUUCUUUACUCUUCAAUUAUUCCUUCUUUAUUCUCUUACCUUAUGGUUAUAUGUGUUAGUCUCCUUCUCUUCAUCAUCAUCUUCUUCUUUUCUUUUUCUUCUUUCUCUCUACAAGUGUAUGUGUAUACAUGUCAUGAUUAGAAAUGAUGAACUAUAAAAGUUUCUUUUAUAAUUGACUACAUUCAAUGAUUGUUACUAACGAGUAGUUUCUAACUGGUAUUGAUUUGUUUCUUCUUUAUUUUUUUUUUGGUUUUUCUCGUUUUUUUUCCCCCUAUGUAUUUUAAAAAUGUUACUUUAUACAGAUGACAAAUAUAUAUACAUAUAAGAGUUAUAAAUAUAGAUACUUCUAUACUUG